AUGGAGUUCGCUCUUAUGCACGCAAAGAAAUCGUGCCCUUUUAUGCAUGUGGCGUCCGCUUCGUCGUUGCGUAAACUUGGUAAUGGCACUUCGGCCACCUUGUUGAAUAAGGCCAAGCAAUGUCCAGUGAUGAGUCAAGCCAUCAAUGUUCGCAAGCGGUCUCUUACCACGGCCACUCCCAUGUCUCAAAAGACUACUUCCACCACUGUUCCCCGCGCCAAUAUUACCUCUAUGCCGGUAUCGCAUCAUACAAAAUCCAAGCAUUUUGAUUAUGAAGCUUUCUACCAAGAAGAGUUGAACAAGAAGCAUCAAGAUAAAAGUUAUCGUUACUUUAACAAUAUCAAUCGUUUGGCUCAAAAAUUCCCACGGGCUCAUACCGCUCGCGUGGAGGACGAAGUGACUGUGUGGUGUGCUAAUGAUUAUUUGGGCAUGGGACGUAGUCCUGUCCUCACCGAAACGAUGAAACGAACACUUGACCGCUAUGGUGCUGGUGCAGGUGGCACACGUAACAUUGCCGGAAAUGCAGAUUUGCAUCUUCGUUUGGAGUCCGAACUUGCUGAUCUGCAUCAUCAGGAAGGAGCGCUUGUGUUCUCUUCCUGCUACGUGGCCAAUGAUGCUACCUUGUCCACGCUUGCCGGCAAAAUGCCAGGAUGCGUUAUUUUUUCUGACGCUUUGAACCACGCUUCCAUGAUUCAAGGCAUCCGUCACUCGGGCGCUCAGAAAAAGAUUUUCCGUCAUAACGAUAUGGCUCAUUUGGAGGAACUUCUUCAAUCCGUGGACCCUUCGGUGCCCAAGAUCAUCGCUUUUGAAUCUGUUUACUCCAUGUGCGGAUCCAUUGGUCCUAUUCGCGAAAUUGUGGACUUGGCCAAGAAGUACGGCGCUAUUACAUUUUUGGAUGAAGUUCACGCAGUUGGCAUGUAUGGUCCACGUGGUGCUGGCGUCGCCGAACAUUUGGAUUACGAUUUGAACGCGGCUCAACCCAUGCGUGGCAACGGUGCUAUCUUGGACGAGAUCGACAUCAUCACUGGCACUCUUGGCAAAGCUUACGGUGUCGUCGGUGGUUACAUUGCCGGUUCCGCCGGUUUGGUUGACAUGGUCCGUUCUUACGCUCCCGGGUUCAUUUUCACCACGUCGCUUCCCCCGUCGGUCGUUUCAGGAGCGCUUGAAUCCGUCAAAUACCUGAAGCAAUCAACCAUUGAACGACAGAUGCAACAAAUGAACACUCGCUUGGUCAAGAGCCAGUUGUCUGAUAUCGGUAUUCCCGUGAUCCCCAACCCUUCGCACAUUGUUCCUGUGCUUCUUGGUGAUGCGGCGGCCGCCAAGUUGGCUUCCGACGAAUUGUUGUCUGAACAUGGUAUUUACGUCCAAAGCAUCAACUACCCUACCGUCCCCCGCGGUGAGGAACGUCUUCGCAUUACGCCUACUCCUGGACACGAUAUGGCCAUGGUUGGUCAUCUGGUCGAUUCUCUCGAACGUAUCUGGACCCGCUACGGUUUCAAACGCGUCGAUGACUGGGUUGCCCAGGGUGGCUGUGCCGGUGUCGGGGUCAUGAACUCGGUUAAACCUGAACCCAUGUGGACCGAUAAACAGCUUGGCCUUGAUAAAAUGGUGGAAGACGAAGUGGCCGUCGCUUCUCGCAGCAGCACUUCCAUGCUCUAA